AUGGCGUCGUCUUCUUCUUCUUGUUCUUCCUCUUCCGAAGUAAAAUGUCGGUUCGACGUUUUCAUUAACUUCAGAGGCGAGGACGUACGCUACGGCUUCGUCGAUGACCUCCACAAGUGUCUGCUUUAUCGCGGCAUUAACGCCUACAUCGACAGCGAGGACUUGAGGCGCGGGGACAAGAUCUCGCCCGCCCUCAUGAAGGCCAUCGAGGAGUCGCGGAUCGCCGUGCUCGUCUUCUCCGAGAACUACGCUUCGUCUAGCUGGUGCUUGAACGAGCUGGUGAAGGCACGAGAAAUGGGACAGGAUCCUGAGAGGGUGGAUAAAUGGAGGGAAGCCCUAAUUGAAGCCGCCAAUUUGGCCGGUUGGCAUUAUACCGAUGAAAAAUCACAAGAUGAGACCGAGUUCAUCAAGAAGAUCGUCAAAGAGAUCUCGCAUAUAGUAGAACGAGCACCCUUGAGUGUUGCCAAAUAUCCCGUCGGUGUAGGUUCCCGGGUAGAAAAUGUAAUGUCGUUGUUGAGUAUGGGCGCGGGUGAUAUUCGGAUGAUAGGAAUAUGGGGAGCUGGAGGUGUAGGGAAGACCACUAUUGCUAAAGCUGUCUAUAACAGUAUUGCUGAUCAGUUUGAUGGGUGCAGCUUUCUUGCAAAUGUUAGAGAAAAUUCCGGUAGACCUGAUGGCCUAGUUCAUUUGCAGAAAAAAAUGUUGUCCGAGAUAUUAUGGAAAGAAGAUGUAGCAGUCUCAAAUGUGGAUCAAGGCGCUAAUCUAAUACCAAAUAGACUUUGCUGCAGGAAGAUUCUACUUGUGCUUGAUGAUGUGGAUCAUGGGGACCAGUUAAAUGCAUUAGCUAGAGAAUGUGGAUGGUUCGGAAAAGGGAGCAGGAUAAUCAUUACGACAAGAGAUAAACAUGUACUACCUUCUCGUGCAAAAGAUCGGGUAUAUGAAGUUGAUCUAUUAGAUCAAAGUGAAGCUUUUAAACUUCUCAGUUCACAUGCUUUUCAAGGAAACCAGAUGAAAGACAUAAGCAGGGAUCUCAUAGAUAAUAUUUUGGGCUAUGCUAAAGGUCUUCCCUUAGCGAUUGUGGUCUUGGGUGCCUUUUUAUUUGAUAGAAGCAGAGUACUAUGGCAGAGUACAUUGGAAAAACUUGCUGAAAGUCCUACUAAAGAUAUAUACAGUGUUCUCAAGAUAAGUUUUGAUGCGUUGGAGGAGAAUGAGAAGGACAUU